AUCAGCGCGCGCCUCCUGCUGACAGGACCUCUAGCCAGAGAGCGAUGCACGUGAGUGUUGUAGUGAGAGGUUUGAGUAAAUGUGGUUCACUGUGUCUGCUCUCGGUGAAUAAACGUUUCCCUCACUCAUUCAAACUCUCCGGUUUGUCCCAGAACGUUAAUGAAUCUGUGAAUCGUCUGUUUCCGUCUCCGCGGUGUCAACAACAGAGCACCUCGACCAUGGAGCAGGCGGCUGCCGCACCGGAGGAGGAGGUCGACAGCCCGGUGUCCGCGCAGGGAGUCGCCGCUAACGAGGCAGUAGGAGCCGGCAAACGUAAAAGCGACGAGCCGGGGGAACCCGAGGCGAGGGGCCGAGGGAAGAGACGGAGAGGAGCCGGAGGGAAGAAGCUCCGUCCGGGCGAGAGAUACAUCCCUCCUCCGCAGAAACGGAACCCCGGGGUCAGCUUCAGCCAGGAGCACUACUCCGAGACCUCCUACUACUUCGAGGGUGGUCUCCGCAAAGUCCGCCCGUACUUCUUCGACUUUAAAACCUACUGUAAGGGUCGCUGGGUCGGGAAGAGUCUGCUGGAGGUGUUCGGGACUGAGUUCAGAGCCGAGUCCGUGGAGUUUUACCAGAGGGCCGCUAAAGAGGGUCGAAUCCGGCUCAACGAGACACCUGUGGAGGACCUGACUGUGGUGCUCAGGAAUAACGACCACUUGAGAAACACUGUUCACCGCCACGAGCCGCCUGUGGUCGGCAGGCCCCUGGAGGUUCUGGUUGAUGACGGGGAAGUGCUCGUUGUCGACAAGCCCGCCUCCAUCCCAGUCCACCCCUGCGGCCGUUUUCGCCACAACACUGUGAUUUUCAUCCUGGGGAAAGAACGAGGCCUCUCUGAGCUCCACACUGUCCACAGGCUGGACAGACUCACCUCCGGAGUUCUGCUGUUUGCCAGAACUUUGGAGGCGUCAAAGAAGCUGGACCAAUUGGUGAGAGACAGACAGCUUGAAAAGGAGUAUGUGUGCCGAGUGGAGGGGGAAUUUCCAGAGGGUGAAGUGACCUGCGAGGAGCCUAUUCUGGUCGUUUCCUUCAAAAUCGGCAUCUGUCGUGUUGACCCCAAGGGGAAGGAGUGCCGGACUGUCUUCCAGAGGCUUAGCUUUAAUGGAAAAACCAGCGUUGUCCGCUGUUUACCCCUGACCGGCCGCACACAUCAGAUCAGGGUCCACCUCCAGUACCUGGGCUUCCCCAUCCUCAACGACCCCAUCUAUGGAUCCUCAGCGUGGGGUCCUCACAGGGGCAAGGGGGGAGUGGUGGGGAAGAGCGACGAGGAGCUGCUGCACGCUCUGGUAGAGGAACAUCGAUCUCAGGAGAGUUUACACCUUUUGGAUAUGCAGGAUGACGGCAUUGGGAUCAAGCAACAGGCAGAAAAAAACAAGACAUGUGAGAAAAGAAACAAGUCAGAUGAUACGUCUGAACCUGACCUGAGUGGAGACACUCAUCAGACACAGAUGCCAAGUUGUACCUCCAGCAGUGCAGCGGUGGAUGAAGUGAAACAGGACUGCACAGACUCUAACACCGACAGCAGCUCACUCCAAGAAUCUCAGAGCCAGCAACCGAUCGAAUCAAAUGGAGAUCAAACAGAGAAAACUGACAAUUCCCAGGAAAAUCCUGCAGGGACCAGAGAUCAUCUGUGUAGUGAAUGUAAGCUCAUACGACCAGAUCCCACAGAGAAGGAGCUUAUCAUGUAUCUACAUGCAUUGCGCUACAAAGGACCUGACUUUGAAUAUUCCACACGUUCACCCGACUGGGCCAAAGAAGACUGGGAUGAAGCUGAUUAGAUUCGAUCUGAUGAAAUCUGUUCAUGGCUUUUAGGUUUCAGUCCUCUAAAGGUUCAGUGUGUGGGAUUUAGUGGCCUCUAGGGGUGUAGUUGCUUAUUACAAUUAUCUGAAUACCCCUCGUUUUAUUCCUCUUCCACACGAGCAGGAGAAACUACAGUGGCCUUAAGGUAAAGUAAAAACACAAAAGGUCCUUUUAAGAUCCAGUGUUUAGUUUGUGCAUUCUGAGCCACUGUACUAAUGUGGCAGUGUAACAUGGCGGACUGUGGACCAGGACUCAAUUGUAGAUAUAAAUGACUCAUUCUAAGGGAACAUUCUUAAUUUAAGGACAUUGCACACUAAUACAAACAUAAUUAUAAAUAUUAAAUUCAAUUUCUGUUCAUAGGUCACUCUUAAUCCUACACACUGGACCUUUAAGAAGUUUUCUGCUUUGAUAGAUUUGUUUUUUUCUACUGAUAAUUUCUCAGUAAUUUUUGGGGAAUUUGGUUUUUGGUAUGCUGCUUCCUCUAGAUUUGAACCAGUAGAAACAAGUUUUCCUUUGGCUAUUUUAGCCUUAAAGAUAAAACAGAAAAAGCAGUUGUAUUCUUUCUCAAUUUACUGUUUAAAUGUUAAGCAUAUAGUUUUAAUUUAAUUAUUUUAGGCCUGUAAUCUGUUUUAUACUCUAAACAAAUGUGGAAACAAAUUAAAAAGCCAGUCU